GCCAAUAGAAGCGCAGCUCCACCUUAGCUGUGCGCUGGACUGCACUACAAACAGACGAAACCAUCGCUUCAACUGCAGCCUUUCAGACGAGAGCCAUUAUUUCCUGAUUUACAUCACCUGUCUCAGAAGUUUAAAGGCGUGGAACUAAGACAGACUACACUGAACCAGGAAGGUGAGAAGGAUCUACAAGGAUUCAAAGGACAGAUAUAAGAAGUAGAAUCUCUAAGAAUGGCCUCACUGAGCUCCAGCCUCUGGAAUGAAACCACUACCUCUGUUUAUCAGUACCUUGGUUUUCAAGUUCAAAAAAUUUACCCCUUCCAUGAUAACUGGAACACCGCCUGCUUUGUCAUUCUGCUUUUAUUUAUAUUUACAGUGGUUUCUUUAGUGGUGCUGGCUUUUCUUUAUGAAGUGCUUGAUUGCUGCUGCUGUGUGAAAAACAAAACCGUAAAAGACUUGAAAAACGAACCAAACCCUAUUAGAAGUAUGAUGGACAACAUCAGAAAACGUGAAACUGAAGUGGUCUAG